CCUCACACAUCACAUCCGGAGGAUCGAGUGUGCAGUCAUGGCUGCGUUUGGUGAAAUGGGCGUGAUGCCUGAAAUUGCUCAGGCUGUUGAAGAAAUGGACUGGCUGUUGCCAACGGACAUCCAGGCCGAAUCGAUUCCACUGAUACUCGGUGGAGGAGACGUUCUUAUGGCUGCUGAGACAGGAAGUGGAAAAACUGGGGCAUUUAGCAUCCCAGUGAUCCAGAUUGUGUAUGAGACUCUGAAGGAUCAACAAGAGGGAAAAAAGAGCCGGGCUGCAGUAAAGACAGGAGGAACAGUGUUUAAUAAAUGGCAGAUGAAUCCAUACGACCGAAGCCCAGCGUUUGCUAUUGGUCCUGAUGGGCUUUGCUGCCAGAGUAGAGAGUUUAAGGAGUGGCAUGGCUGCCGCUCAACCAGGGCCGUGACCAAAGGGAAGUACUACUAUGAAGUGACCUGCCACGACCAAGGCUUGUGCAGAAUCGGCUGGUCCACUAGUCAAGCGGCACUGGACUUGGGUACUGACAAGUUUGGCUUUGGCUUUGGAGGGACGGGAAAGAAAUCCCACAAUAAACAGUUUGACAGUUACGGAGAGGAGUUCACUAUGCAUGACACCAUCGGCUGCUACAUCGACCUGGAUAAAGGCCACCUGUCCUUCUCCAAAAAUGGUAAUGAGCUCGGCUUGGCUUUCGAGUUUUCUCAGCAGUUGAAAGGACAACCUGUCUUUGCUUCCUGUGUGCUCAAGAAUGCAGAGCUGAAGUUUAAUUUUGGAGGAGAGCCAUUCAAAAAUGCCCCCAAGGAUGGAUUUGUGGCUCUAGAUCAAGCUGCAGAUGGUCAUGUGUUCAAAACCACCAAGACUGGCAGUGCCACAGUGAGUCAAACCAAACAAAGCUCCAACGGUCCCAAAGCUCUGAUCGUGGAGCCAUCGAAAGAGCUGGCCGAGCAAACCCUUAACAACGUCAGCCAAUUUAGGAAAUACGUGGACAACCCAAAACUACGAGAACUGCUGAUUAUUGGAGGAGUGGCGGCCAAAGAGCAGCUGUCGGUUUUGGAAAGUGGGGUCGAUAUCGUCGUUGGGACACCUGGCAGGCUGGAUGAUCUCAUUUCCACAGGAAAGCUUGAUCUGUCUCAAGUCCGUUUCUUGGUUCUGGAUGAGUGUGACGGACUGCUGUCAUCCGGCUAUACUGACUUCAUUAUGAGAAUCCACAAUAAAAUCCCCCAGGUCACUUCAGAUGGAAAGAGACUGCAGGUGAUUGUGUGUUCGGCCACGCUGCAUUCAUUCGAUGUGAAGAAGCUGUCUGAGAAAAUCAUGCACUUUCCCACAUGGGUCGAUCUGAAGGGUGAGGACUCCGUCCCUGAGACUGUCCAUCACGUAGUGGUACCGGUUAACCCCAAGACUGACAAACUCUGGGAGAGGCUGGGCAAGAACCACAUCGUGACCGAUGAAGUGCACGCCAGAGACAACACAAGGCCUGGAGCCAACACUUCAGAGAUGUUCUCAGAGGCCAUCAAAAUCCUGAAGGGUGAAUAUACAAUACGCGCUAUUAAGGAGCACAAGAUGGACCAGGCUAUCAUCUUCUGCAGAACCAAGAUUGACUGUGAUAACAUGGAGAGGUACUUCAUCCAACAAGGAGGAGGUCCUGAUAAGAAAGGACAUCAGUUUUCAUGCGUUUGUCUUCACGGUGACAGAAAGCCGAACGAGCGUAAAAACAACCUGGACCGGUUCAAGAAAAAGGAAGUGAGGUUUUUCAUCUGCACAGACGUGGCUGCCAGAGGAAUCGAUGUCCACGGGGUUCCAUAUGUGAUCAAUGUGACACUGCCUGAUGAAAAACAGAAUUACGUGCAUCGCAUUGGCAGAGUGGGCAGAGCCGAGAGAAUGGGUCUGGCUGUUUCUCUGGUUGCCAUGGAAAAGGAGAAGGUAUGGUAUCACGUGUGUCCUGAUCGAGGCAGAGGCUGCAAUAACACCAGGUUAAAGGAGGAUGGAGGCUGCACUAUAUGGUACAACGAGAAAGAGCUGUUGGGAGACAUCGAGGAGCACCUGAAGUGCACCAUCACCCAGUGUGAGCCAGACAUUAAGGUGCCUGUGGAUGAAUUCGAUGGCAAGGUUACAUAUGGCCAACGCAAAACUUUAGGAGGUGGGCUGUAUAAGGGUCACGUGGACAUUUUGGCCCCAACAGUGCAAGAACUGGCUAACCUGGAGCGAGAAGCUCAGACAUCAUUCCUGCAGCUAGGCUACCUUCCCAACCAGCUCUUCAAAGCUUUCUGACCUGCUUUACUACAACAAUGUGACCAUAAGUUAGUACAGUAACAUACCAAUAUGAACCAAUACGUUAAUACUAAAUUAUUACAUUUUAGUUUGAUGUGUUAGCACUUAGAAAGAACUACAAUUAAUUUAUCAUUAUUUUUCUUUAGCAGAAGAAAACAGAAAAUAAGUUACGUUAACGUGAGAAUGUUGAGCUCAAUAAAAUAUUGAUGUGCAAAAUCA